CACAUUACAGCCGUGAAAGACACGAUGGGGCAAACGUAGAGAGGAUGUGUGGUGUUAGAACAGGAUGAGCUGUCAACAUUCGACCACAAUAGAAGACUCGAAACGGUGUGGACACAAUCAUUUGUCUGACCACCUUUAGGUUUGAUUCUUGAGGAUUUUUAUGAUUCACACUGCCAAAACAAACUGGGAAUAAUGUUUUACCGUGUUAUUCUUGUGUUUUUUUCCUCAAUGAGCUUUCCAUGCGGCUUACGUGCGUCUGAAUGUGAUGAAAACUGUGCAGAUAAACCUGUAUUCACUCCACCCAGACUGGCAGUGAAGCACGGCGACUCUGCCUCUGCCAUCUGCUCUGUGUGUCAGCACGCUUGCUUGGACACCUUAUUUGGCCUGGAGAAACCUGUGGGAACCAAAGAAAUAAAUGGAACCACCAUUUCAUGGACGGUGGACAAACUGACUGAAUGGGACAUAACUGUCAUGUGCUAUUAUAAUCCUGUCAAUAGCAGCCAGUGUUGCAGCAUCCUGCCUGUAACUGUCUACAAGCCUCCAGAUGAUGUGUCCAUCAGCUUUGUUAAUCACAACAUGGUUGAGGGUCAGCAGAACACUCUGCAGUGUGCAGUCCAGAACGUUGCUCCUGCUGGAAAACUUGUUGUGACCUUCUACAAAGAACAGACACAACUUGACCAGCUGCAGUUGAAUGAUUUUACAGAUAAGGCACCAGUUACUAAGAUCUUCACUGUAAACAUCAGCACCAGUAGAGAAGAUAAUGGGCGUCAGUACCGGUGUGAAGCCAAGCUGGAUCUGGGACCUGAAGGACCACAGCCCCCUCCAGUGGUGAAGUCAGAUAGCAUCAUUGCCACCGUCUUCUAUAAGCCUCACAUAGAAGGGCCAUCACAUACUGAUCCAAUCACCAUCACAGAGGGAAGCCCUCUACAACUGAAAUGCUCCGCUGUGGGAAAUCCCAGCCCCUCAUACACCUGGACAUCAGCAAGGAAUCCCCCCUCCAAUGACAGCACUAUCAAUAUCAAAGCUGUAACUUCUGCAGACGAAGGAGAGUACACCUGUUCUGUCAGCAAUGCCAUGGGGACCGCGACAAUGAAGUUUACCGUCAUCGUAAAAAGUCCGGAGUUGACCUCAACCAGCUUGCCACCAACAACCACAACCUCAACCAGCUUGCCACCAACAACCACAACCUCAACCAGCUUGCCACCAACAACCACAACCACAGCCACAACCACGACCACAACCACAACCACAACCACAGCCACAACCACAGCCACAACCUUAGACGCAACCACGACAACAGUAUGGAACAGUACCAGCUGUGUAUUGAUUAACUGGCUCAUAAUUUGCUUUAUGCUUUUAUUCUCUGCUCUGAUUUGAGUUCUUCCUCAAAGAUUGCGAAAAGUUUGUUUCUAAACAAUGUUUUUUGCAUGUCUGUGUGUGCAUACACUCAACAUACUAUUAAGUUAGUGUGUUGGUAUUUUAUUGACGAUUAAGAAACAAUAAGUCUACAGCCACGCCAGCUGCUCAGUGAAGGUGUAAUUAGGCACAGUCGUGCUUAGAGCUAAAUAUUUACAUUAGCACACUCACAGUCACAGUGUUAAUAAUUUAGCAGGUAUAUUGUUUACCAUUUUCAGCAUUUAGCCACAUCUCCUAUGCAUCACAUUUUUAUCCAACUAAUUAGGAAACUCAAAUAUGUUUAUAAGGUUAACAUUAUGCCAACCAAUUAUGUUUUCUCUUGAGAUAACAGGGAAAUGUAAUUGUUUGAUGAGCUUGGAAAGUCACAAAAAUAUUGCUAAAAAACUUUAGAAAAACAUUCACUGUCAACGUAUUCAUUCGUUUUUCAGGAUAUUUAUCAAAAAAAAUAUUUCCAGUUUUUAAACAAAAUGUUUUUGUUCACAGGCUGUCAUACAUAAAUUCAGUGUUUCAUCCAGUCAAAUUAUUCUUUAAUGUAAUCUAGGCAGCCAGGACAUUUACCUUAUAAAUGUAUUUGCUAUAAAUUAGUUGUAUAUAAACAGGAUUUCUAGGAGGCAUUUUAGUUUGCCAUGUUAGAAGGAUAAUAUGUACUGGUAUUAGCAUUCAGCAGAAAGAAGAGCUGAUGCUCAUGGGAAUGUCAUUUUUCUAAGUAUUUGUUCAUAAACCAAAGCAUUAAACAAAUUAAAGGCUUGCCCUGGUGAUGGCACUAAAUGGAAGUCAGGGAAUAACCAAAGUUAUUCCAAUUAAUUCUGAAGGGAACAUUAAUGUUGAGAUAUUUCUUCAAAACCAGAAUUGUUAACUUACCUGUGGUUGGUCAGAUAAUCAACAAAAUCAUUAGGAUUCAUCCUCUGGAGACCAUGAAUGUCUGUACCAAAUUUCAAGGCAACCCAUCUAAUCGUUUUUGUCAUAUUUCAGGCUGGAACAAAGUGGUGGUGACUAACAGGCUAACAUUCCCAGAGCCAGACAGCUUGCAUGGCUUUCAGCACUGCUUAAAAACUGCCAAUACAUGUAAUGUUAAAAAUAAAGUGUGUAUUCUGUA